GAAAGGGCGGCGCUCUGUGGCGGGCGGCGGCGGUGGCUGUUUCCUCCGUUGGGUCUUGGUGGCUGAGGCCGUCGGGGCCGGGCUCACACAACGCUGAGGCGGUGGCGCGGUCAUGGCGUCUUUCGUGGAGAGUUUCUGGGGGGAAAGGAACAAUGGCUUUGAUGUCCUCUAUCAUAACAUGAAACAUGGACAUCUGUCAACAAAAGAUUUAGCAGAUUUUAUAAGAGAAAGGGCUACAAUAGAGGAGGCAUAUUCAAGGUCAAUGACAAAGCUAGCCAAAUCAGCAAGCAAUUACACGCAGCUUGGGACAUUUGCACCAGUUUGGGAUGUUUUCAAAAUAUCAACAGAAAAAGUAGCAAGCUGUCACUUGGAGCUUGUCCGGAAAUUACAAGAGCUAAUAAAAGAAGUGCAGAAGUAUGGAGAUGAACAAAUCAAAGCUCAUAAAAAGACUAAAGAAGAAGUUUCAGGAACUUUGGAAGCAGUGCAAAACAUUCAGAGUAUUAUUCAGGCCCUACAGAAAUCAAAAGAGAACUAUAAUACUAAGUGUGUGGAACAAGAACGUUUGAAAAAGGAAGGAGCAACACAAAGAGAAAUUGACAAGGACAUCUCCUUUCCUAGCUUCUGCCCCAGCCCAGGAGGAAAAGCCAUAGUUUACCUAGAUAGACUGGAACUCUGCAGGAGGGCAAAUUUAGUUGACACGCUCAUCAAAGGCUUGAUGAAAGGACUUAAAAGCCUCAAGGCAUCAAUAAAAUCAAAGAAAGCUACAGAUACCUAUAAACUCUAUGUAGAAAAGUAUGCUGCAGCUAAAUCUGACUUUGAAAAGAAAAUGACGGAAACUGCACAGAAAUUUCAAGACAUUGAAGAAAUGCAUCUCCUUCACAUGAAAGAGAUUGUAGAAUCAUUGUCAAAUACUGUAAAAGAAAUUCAUUUACAAAUAGGCCAGGUUCAUGAAGAAUUUAUUAAUAACAUGGCAAAUACUACCGUUGAAAGUUUGAUACAAAAAUUUGCAGAGUCAAAAGGCACUGGCAAGGAGAGACCUGGCCUUAUCGAAUUUGAAGAAUGCAACACAGCUAGUGCAGUUGAAGGGAUCAAACCAAGGAAAAGAAAGGCAUUUGGUUUAUCAGGAAUAAUUAAGAAAGAAAAAGAUGCAGAAUCUGUGGAAUGUCCAGAUGCAGAUUCAGUUAACAUUCCUGACGUAGAUGACGAAGGGUACAGUAUUAAACCAGAAGCAAGCCAGAAUACCAAAGAGAACCAUUUCUACUCAUCCAGUGAUUCUGACUCUGAAGAUGAUGAACCGAGGAGGUUCCAUGUAGAAAUCAAACCUGUACAGCCAAAUAAUAGCUCUCACUACACUAUGGCUUCAUUGGAUGAAUUAAAAGUAUCUAUAGGGAACAUCACUCUUUCUCCAGCAAUAUCUAGACACAGUCCUGCUCAAAUGAACAGGAAUUCACCUAGUGAAGAGUUAACAAAAUCAAAGCAUUCUGCUCCAUCUAAUGAGAAGGGGAACAAUGACCUCCUGGCAUGGGAUCUACCCUUUGCCACUUCUCUUGAUUCAUCUUCUUCAGCUUCAUUGACAUCCUCAGCUUCAUUAGCACAAUGUGUUCCUUUACAAAAAAGUUCUUUUUGUUCCUCAUGUAUCCUAUCUAAAGAUUGUACAGCAAAUACCACCAGUACCUCAGCUAGGCCCACAACUCCUCUUUCUGUAGGCACUAUUGUACCACCUCCAAGGCCUGCUUCCAGACCAAAGAUAUCAACAGGGAAACUUAGUGGAAUUAAUGAAAUACCGAGGCCAUUCAGCCCACCCUUGACCUCUAACUCCAGUCCACCACCUAUAGCUCCUUUGGCACGUGCAGAGAGUAUCUCAUCAAUAUCUUCUUCUGCUUCUCUAAGUGCAGCAAAUACACCCACAGUAGAUGAUGAUAUAGUCAUUGGAAAGCUCCCUACGAUUGAAAAACUUUGUGAGACACCUGCAGGUGUUUCACGUGGUCCCAGCCCUGUCACCCUUGGAAACCAGGACACCCUGCCUGUUGCAGUAGCCUUUACUGAAUCUGUUAACGCCUACUUUAAAGGAGCAGAUCCUACAAAAUGUAUUGUGAAGAUCACUGGUGAUAUGACAGUGUCAUUCCCAAGUGGGAUUAUUAAAGUCUUCACCAGCAACCCAUCUCCAGCUGUACUCUGCUUCAGGGUAAAAAACACAAGCAAACUAGAGCAGAUUCUUCCAAAUGCACAACUUGUAUACAGUGAUCAAUCACAAAGUGACUCCAGUACAAAAGAUUUUUGGAUGAACAUGCAAGCUGUCACAGUCUACCUCAAGAAGUUAUCAGAGCAGAAUCCAUCUGCUUCCUAUUAUAAUGUUGAUGUUUUAAAAUAUCAGGUAUCUUCAAAUGGUAUCCAGUCCACUCCUUUGAAUCUUGCAACUUACUGGAAAUGUAAUGCUAGCACUACUGAUGUAAGAGUGGAUUACAAGUACAACCCAGAAUCUAUGACUGUGCCUAGUAUGCUGUCUAACAUACAGGUUGUCGUACCGGUAGAUGGAGGAGUAACAAACAUGCAGUCACUUCCCCCUGCAAAAUGGAAUGCAGAACAGAUGAAAGCGUUUUGGAAAAUAUCUGGUAUUUCAGAAAAAUCAGAGAAUGGAGGUUCUGGAUCCCUGAGGGCAAAAUUUGAUCUUUUAGAAGGACCCAGUAAACCAGCUACACUUGCAGUGCAAUUCAUUAGUGAAGGAAGCACCCUUUCAGGUGUAGAUGUAGAGCUAGUAGGCACUGGCUACCGGCUUUCCCUAGUUAAGAAGAGAUUUGCCACUGGACGAUAUAUGGCAGAUUGUUGA